GGUGCUCGGCGUACCAGUGGAGUGCUGCGCUGGCGGCGGCGAUGGGGGCGGUGGGCGUAGGGUUGGUGGACUGUCACUGCCACCUCUCGGCCCCGGACUUUGACAGCGAUCUGGACGAUGUUUUGGAGAAAGCCAAGAAAGCCAAUGUUAUGGCUCUUGUGGUGGUUGCUGAACAUUCAGAAGAAUUUGAGAAGAUUAUGCAGCUUUCAGAAAGGUAUAAGGGGUUUGUCCUGCCAUGUUUGGGUGUUCACCCUGUGCAAGGAGUUUCACCAGAAGACCAAAGAAGUGUCACAUUAAAGGAUUUGGAUGUAGCUUUGCCCAUUAUGGAGAAUUACAAGGAUCGAUUAUUGGCAAUUGGAGAGGUGGGACUAGAUUUCUCCCCCAGAUUUGCUGGCACUGAUGAACAGAAGGAAGAGCAGCGACAAGUCCUAAUCCGACAGGUCCAAUUAGCCAAAAGAUUAAAUUUGCCUCUAAAUGUUCACUCACGCUCAGCUGGAAGACCCACCAUCAGCCUCUUAAAUGAGCAAGGUGCUGACAAAGUGCUUCUGCAUGCAUUUGAUGGCCGGCCAUCUGUAGCCAUGGAAGGAGUAAGAGCCUUCUCAAUUCCUCCUUCUAUCAUAAGAAGUGGACAGAAGCAGAAACUUGUGAAACAGUUGCCUUUAACUUCAAUUUGCUUAGAAACAGAUUCACCUGCACUAGGACCAGAAAAACAGGUACGAAAUGAACCCCAAAACAUUUCCAUUUCAGCUGAAUAUAUUGCCCAGGUGAAGGGGAUCUCAGUAGAAGAAGUUAUAGAAGUGACAACACAGAAUGCAUUGAAACUAUUCCCCAAGCUUCGGCAGCUGCUCCAGAAGUAGCUUCAAAACCAAAUCUGCUGCAGGGAGCAGCAUCCGAGA